AUGCAACAAACGCAGUCUGAACAACCACAGUCAGCUUCAACUAUAGCGGCAUCAAGAAAGCGCCCAGCCCCAUCCCAAACACCGUCGGAAACUCUAGAAUGCGGUCCCCCAGGCUCACCCGAGGAUUCGACUAAUCUUUCCUUUCCCGCAUCUCAUUUGAGAAACGCUCCAAGGUCUCCGAGGACUGGUAAUCGAAGUGUACCGGCAUUUUUGAAUAAACUUUAUAAUAUGGUGAAUGAUCCUCAGUCUAAUGAGCUGAUCACUUGGUCAGAAAGUGGAAAUUCCUUCUUGGUAAAACGACCUCAAGAUUUCGCCAAAGAAGUUCUUCCCCGCUUUUUUAAACACAAUAAUUUUAGCAGUUUUGUCAGACAAUUAAAUAUGUAUGGAUUUCAUAAAAUACCACAUCUUCAACAAGGAGUACUUCAGUCCGAUGGACAAUCAGAACAAUGGGAAUUUAGCAAUACAAAUUUUCUUAGGAAUCAACCAGAUCUUUUAUAUUUUGUUACUCGAAAGAAAGGCAAAGAUACUGAAAACAUCAAAGAGCCAAAUGAAAUUGAUAUUAAUCAUAUCUUGAAUGAAAUUGCGUCAAUUAAGAAGCAUCAGAUGACUAUUAGUGCAGAUUUGAAGAAUAUUCAAAAAGAAAAUCAAAUUUUAUGGCAAGAAACAAUUUCUGCACGUGACAGACAUCGACGCCAACAGGAGACCAUUGAUAAAAUUCUUCGUUUUCUUGCGUCAGUAUUUUCGGCUGACAAAAAGAGAGCAAUUGUACCAAAAAAACGAAGAUUAUUAAUUGGAAAUUCUGAUACGAAUUAUGCAAAUCAGGAAAUGAUGGGAUCAGGAAAUUGGGCAUUGGACAACGAAGGUGGACAAGGUGCUUCAUCUAAUACUCCAACUGCCGAAAAUGAUAUUACAUCUUUAAUGCUGGACAUCAACAAUCCAGCGGCAUUGUCAAUAUUGGCAUCACUUGCAGUAAAUAAUCCGUCAGCACUAAACAAUUUGCCACAAUUUGAUAUUUUCAACACUUUGCCAGCAGCAUCGUCGAUACCACCAGAUGAAAUAAGUGAUCCAGCUGAUUUUUUAGAUGCAACAGACCUUUCCACAUUGCUUCAGCCUGAUCAAAUUAUACCCUCAAGUGACCCAUCGUCCACUGCUCGUGAUAACAAUUCACCUCUUGUAAAUGGUACAGAGCCAUCUAUUCCUAACAAUACAAUAACCGAUACUACGCAAACCACUACUACUCCCCAUUAUAAAUUACCAACGGGAACGCCUUCUGUUCCGAAACAAGCAGUAACUGUCUCGCCUGCAGCAUCGAACUUAAAUGUAAAUCGUAAAGAAAGUCUUCAAGAACUUGAAACUCGAAUAAACGCAGUGGAAUCAAAUGUUGAUUAUCUUACAUCACUUACGUCACAGUUAGGAUAUGAUCCUGAUGAUCAUGAUGACAUUGACUUGGAUGAAGAAGCCGAGAAUGAUUUUUUGGCAUUUUAUAGUACGAACUUUAAUCCAUCGGAACAAGAUCGACAGAUGCUGUUUAAUCUUAUGGGCGGAAGAGAAGAAUCCAAUGCUACAACCACUCAGAUAGCCGAUUCAAAUAAUGCAUCAAGUCAGUACAUUGCACCUUCUACUGCUACACCCGUAAAUCCUACUUCAACUUCAACAAACAGAAGACCAAAAGCCAAUGAGACUGCGGUAGCAGACUCCUUAUCGACUACCACGGCAAUGACGCAAUAUGUUCCGCCUCUUGCACAGAUUCCACAAUAUUUUCAACGGAAGGAAAAUCCUAUUGCGGUAGGAGACUUAUUGGCCUCAAUGAGUCCGAAUCCCAAACGAUUAAAGACUAGAUUGGAAGAAAAAGAUGAAGAAGAAAGUACAUCUACUAUUGAAAAUGAGUUAAGUAUUGAUGAUUUAUUGGCUGACCUGGACGAUGACGAAAAUUCGUUUAUCAACUACCGUUAG